UUACAUACAUACAUACGCAGUAAUUUAAUAUGUUGUGCAACAAAACGGUUUCAUUGAAACUUCAAUUUGUUGCAAUGUCACCCAUUACGUUUUAAAUAUCUGCUCAUCUACACGAACAGUUUAUUUCAACGUUGAUGUUCAAGAUGAGCGAAUCAGAAAAUGUGCUUAGUGAGAUUAUCGAACAAAUCGCAAAGGAGAACAAUAUAGUCAAACCGAAAGUGGUGAUUUCUGACACAACAAGGGGAGGAUACCUUGGAAUACCUAGUACAAUUAUAAUUGAAGAAACUGGUAAUGGAACUACACGCAAAACACUCCACUUGUUCUUAAAAUCUGCUCCGAAGGAUUCACGGGAAGCAGUCCCAAUUCGGGACAUAUUCGUUAACGAGAUUGCAAUGUAUGAAGAAGUGCUGCCUAAUUACCUUAAGUUUCAAAAAGAAAAAUUGGUGACAGACCCAUUUCAAAGUACUGUAAAAUGCUACAGGAGUUCCGCAAUUUACGAUAACGAAUUUUUGGUAUUUGAAGACCUAACAAAGAGCGGUUUCGUUCUUUGGGAUAAAACGAAACCAAUGACGACGAAAUGUGUCGAAUUUAUUCUCAAAGAAACUGCCAAGUAUCACGCUCUUUCCUUUGCUUUUCGAGACCAGAAACCUGAUGAGUUUGAUGAUUUGGCGAAAAAACUUCAUGUCAACGUACUUACCAAUUUCUUUGAAACCACCCCAUCAUUUCUACACUCGUUAACAAUGAAUGUGAAAUACGCUAUGAACUUAUUCGAUCCCGUUGAGGAUAAAAAAAUUUGCGAAGCACUUGACAACUUUAUAGAAAAUGGAAUUGAACCAAUCGUUAUGGGCCAUGCAAUUGAAGAUAACGACAAGGUCGUCAUAAUUCAUGGAGACAGUUGGUGCAACAAUUUUAUGUUAAAGUUUGAGGUAUGUAAGACAAAAUUCCUUCAGAUUGAUUGAUUCAAAUCAAUAAACGCUUUUGGAAC